AGUAGUCCGCAUUCGGGUCGAAGUGAUGCGUCGGCUACGUUGACACACUACAAUACCCAGAAGGCCGAGUGCUGUCAUACGUCAACUGCAAUCAGGGUUGUAUCUCCAACAUGGCGUCGCUGGGAAGGAGGCGCGGUGUCCCAGUAAGCAGGGAGAGGGGAGUGAUGGCGGCGACAGAAUGCUACAUUGUGCACGAGAUCUACAAUGGAGAGAAUGCACAGGACCAGUUUGAGUAUGAGCUGGAGCAGGCACUGGAGGCACAGUAUAAAUACAUUGUCAUUGAGCCCACACGCAUCGGAGAUGAAACGGCCCGUUGGAUUACCGUGGGCAACUGCCUGCACAAGACGGCCGUGUUGUCAGGCACUGCUUGCCUCCUAACGCCACUUUCACUGCCCAUUGAAUACUCGCGCUAUGUGGCGUUGCCCGCUGGCGCCUUCAGUGUGGCCUGUGCUGCCCUCUAUGGGAUUUCAUGGCAAUUUGACCCCUGCUGCAAGUACCAGGUGGAAUACGACAGCCAAAAACUCUCGCGGCUGCCCCUGCAUACACUCACCUCCUCGACGCCCGUGGUAUUGGUACGCAGGGAUGACGUCCACAGAAAGAGACUCCAUAAUACGAUAGCACUGGCUGCCCUGGCAUAUUGCGCCAAGAAGAUCUACGAACUCUAUGCGGUAUGAGUGCACUCUGAAGAGGGUUUAAGAAGCAACAGAAAAAAAAGGAAAAACAAACAAAAAAACAGAACCUAUCCAACCCCAGAUGUAAGAAAAGUGGAAGUCCCGAUCAGACCCAGCAGUUAGCUCCACACAUGUGGUGGGUGCUUCCAUUUUGAACUUUGAUCAGAGGGAUAUAGUUAAGACUAGAAGGAAUUGUUUUUUCCCUUUACAUUUUCUUUACUUCUAUGUGACAACAACAGCACACUUAUCUCCUUAGUACCCUUGCGCAUCCUCCCCUGCGCCCUCAACUUGGUAUCCUUGACACACAAGCAAGUGCACAAGGGUACGGCAGCAGUUCCUCUGGAUUGAAUUGUAUUGCAGUUGAAAAGGACCGACAUGUUUUGAGUACUGAGCUCUUUCCCCUUUCCCUCGUAGUUUUACUGUACCCCUUUCUUGCUGAUCAGUACAUCACCCUUUCAUUAAACAUUAGGAUAUUUCAAACUAACUUUUCUGUAUUUUAUUUUACUUUUUUCAUUAAAUGGAUUCUAAAUGAUGUCCAGAAAAAAGCAAAUAGCUGCAACUUAUUUGAGAUUGUGUCUUGUUCAUGUAGAUAUUCUUGUUUAAAAGAGUGUAAGAAAGAUCUUAUGUGACAAUGCUGUGGCUCAAUGUCCUCUUUUGAAACUACAAAAAUACUUACUUUUGGAAAAUCACAUUUCACACAUGCUUCUAAUAAUGUAUAUUACAUUGACAUCAAGCCGAACCCUCAUAAUUGAAAUUAAAAUAUAUUUGACACUAAAGAUAACAAUUGCACUGCAAAUUAUAAAUUCAUACUUUCUUGUAUAUGUUUAUCCAAUGGUGCUUGUUAUGAGUUGCUGUCGAGAUCAGAAGUUUUAAUUUGGGGUCCCAGGAGGAGGUAAAAGUAUGGACGAAGUGCGGGAUGAGUUGUGAUAUAACAAGAGACUUGCAAGAAUUGAAUAAUAAAGUGGAAUACAAAUGUGAAUUAUUUGAAUACCAAGAGUCAAAGUAUUCUUGUUAGGGUCACUGAUUAAAAGUACAUGCUAUAUAAAUGUCAGUUACAAGUAGAAUAAGGAUUAUUGACUUUGCCAGCAGGACUUGAGCAAAUUAACAUCUGUUCAUAAAGAGUUUCCUAAAGAAUUUUGUGUAAAUCCAUUAAAGGUCCAUCAAACAAUGUAUCAAAUAAAUUGUAAACUUAC